UCAAUCUCUUUAAUAAUACAUUUCAUACGGCAACCGUGUUUACAGAACUGGUAUCAUUUAAAAUCCUUUGUCUUAACAUUGCAUUUUCAUUUGGGUAAUAAUAUUCUACGUAUUCAGUAAAUUGCAUGUACAUAUAAAGCAUUAUGGCAUGCAAAUUUGGCUCAGAACAUGACUUGAUCAAAGCAGCUGUGAACAUUUUCAUGAAGGAAUUUAAAGGACAGGUACCAGAAGUUGCAGCAUGUGCUCCUGGAAGAGUAAAUUUAAUAGGAGACCACACAGAUUACAAUGACGGAUUUGUUUUUCCAAUGGCCCUCCCAUUACUCACAGUGAUUGUUGGGAAGAAGAAUGAUGCAGACAAAUGUGUGGUUGUGACUGAAGCAAAAGAUGCUGACAAACCUGUUAAAGUUGAGUUUUCAGUACCAACCACGGGAUCACUUGCACCAGGUACUCCAAAAUGGGCCAACUAUGUUAAAGGAAUUGUGCAGUAUUUCAAAGGUACAGUUGUUGGAUUCAACGCAGUUAUUGUGACUAGCGUCCCAAUCGGUGGAGGUUUAUCAAGCAGUGCAUCACUUGAAGUAUCUCUCUACACUUUCCUGGAAGCUCUGACAGGAGAAACUGACACACUGAGAAAAGACAAGGCUCUCCUCUGUCAGAAAGCAGAACAUGAAUUUGCUAAAAUGCCUUGUGGUAUCAUGGACCAGUUCAUUUCUGUGAUGGGACAAGCUGGCACUGCCUUGCUUAUUGAUUGCAGGUCAAUGCAAGAAACAGCAAUACCAAUUACUGAUCCAGAAAUUGCUGUCAUUAUUACCAACUCAAAUGUAAAGCGCAGUUUGGCAAGCAGUGCGUAUGCUGAACGAAGGGCACAGUGCCAGGCAGCUGCCAAAGCUUUGGGGAAAUCUAGUCUGCGUGAUGCCAAUGAAAAUGAAAUUGACGGUCUCAGAGAAAAAGAUCCAUUACUCUACAAGCGUGCAAAGCACGUAGUUACUGAGAAUAAGCGAACAGAACAAGCAGCAGAAGCGCUCAAAGCUGGUGACCUACAAAAGUUUGGUGAACUCAUGGUUGCCAGCCAUGAAUCAUUGAAGACAGACUAUGAAGUAUCUUGUAAGGAGUUGGAUGAACUGGUGGCUGCUGCCUUGGAAGUUGAUGGUGUGCUGGGUUCCCGCAUGACUGGUGGUGGCUUUGGAGGUUGCACGGUCACUCUGGCUCCAAAGAAAACAGCAGAGAAUGUAAUUGCAAACAUGAAGAAGAAGUACGAGGGGGAGCCAGUGUUCUAUAUAAUGGAACCAGCUGAAGGGACCCGAGUUUUGACAAUUCCCAAGUAGAAGUGUUUUUCCAGUCCUUAUCAGUGCCUUAAAAGCAUACCUGUUAAUAUCUGUCAUACCAUAUAAGCAAUAUGCCAGUUCUACAUUCAGUUAUUAAAUUUGAGGCAGGUACUAAUCUGCAGCAUUAUUGUGGCAUUCAUAUUACUCCAUUAACACCAUAUGUUACAUUUUCUACUUCAGUCUGUAUUCCCAAAGCUAUAUAACAGUGAGCUGCCUAAAAUUUGUUCUCUCAUCUCUGAAAUAGGAUGAACUGAAAAAGUAACCAGAAGAAUUGUACCAAUUUACAAUUCGUAAGUGAAUUUACGACACCAAAGAUUACUAUUAGUAUUCGGCCAGGAAGUAUAAUAAUCAUCUUAACAGAAGUAUCCUUAAAUACUUCUAUGUAAGGUAGCUUUUGGAAUAAAUCUGGUAUGUCACACACAGCAUUAUAAAGCUUCAA